CAUUGUUGAGGAAUAAUUUAUUCUAGUGCCUACUACCUACUUAACGAAUCAGCGUGUUUAGCACACUACAAAGUACAAACUUAUAUGAGAUAUUUUCGUAAUAUGACGCAGCUAUACAUCGUUGUAAAUAAACAUUUGAUUACGAUUUCGAUUACGACUAUACAAAACUGCAUGCCGGUGAACCAUAACCAGUCUCUUGAAAUCGAAAUGUUCAAUGUGUUUUAGUGGAAAACUUACUUAUAUUAUGCAGUUAAUUAUUCACGUGCGGCAUUAUGUACAUAGUUUGAGAAGUUGAAGUGUUAUAUGUAUCACCAAAGUCAGCGGUGCAAUAUGGCUGAACCGACGUUACCUUAUGAUCCUGAAGUGGAUAAUUUUGGAACCAGAACGUUUGAAACCGAAUCUGGCGAAACGAUUACCUACGAAGAAGCCUUUCAAAAUGCGUAUUACGUCAAAAAAGCGCUUAAACUCGGAGUCCAAGACCUACCGAUAGAUUUUACGAUGUAUGUUCUUCGGAAAAUGGCAGUGAAUGAAAAAUAUAGUUACGAUUUCGAAGCUGCACUUCCCCGACAAGCUCACAAGUACUUGAAAAAACUGAUAGGGCGACAUAAAGCCCAAAAAGUCACUCAGAUUCAUCCUGCUAAUUACGAAGAGAUGUCGAGCACUUUUCGAGGAACAUUCACGCAAGUAUUUUGUAGAAAAGUGAUCAGUAAUGCUACUAAUCAGGUAGAUGACAAUUAUGAUAGACUGGCCACCGUAUUCCCUUUCAAAGUUUCGCAGGAUGUUCGUUGGAGCGAGAUUAAAAUCACGAAGCUAUUCGACGGUGAUUUCUAUCAGCAGAUUAAGAAUUUUCUUGAUAGACACUUUGAGAAUGUCAACGCUCCUGAGACUGUCGAUCUUUUUUUGCUGAAUAUUCGUAAUUUCAUAUCUGAAACGUUUUCGGCCGAAUCAUUGUUGGCUAGAUUGAACAACCCGCAAACUCCACACGACGAUUAUUUGAGUACGUUUCCUCGGCUGCAUCAAGGAGGAAUUGAUCGAUUUCAGUUUCUGUAUCGAGAAUUUGUCAAAGCGAUGGAGCAUUAUAGAUUUAGAAUUCGAUUUCCGGCCUUUUAUCGUCACGGUCCUGGUAACGGUAACAAUAAACAAUAUUUCCGAGAAUUACCCGAGCGCAAUUUCGCCGAUCUGUAUUCUUUCUUGGACGAUGAAUUUUUUCAAUACGAGCGCUCAGUUUACGUAUCUAGAUUUCAAAAAUAUCUGUUCUUUUUCGUUCACGCUCUCAAAGUUGAUUCAAAUCCGGUGUUCUUUAUCGACGACAUGUUGUUCGAAUGUUUGAAAAGUUUACGAAGAUAUAAAACGGUUAAAAAAGACGUCAAUAUUAAGAAUGAUUUAGCCAUGAUAUCGAUGCUGCAUUACAGAAUGAACUUAUCAGACAGAGAAAAAAGCGGUAGUGAUUAUCACAUGAGUGACGCGACCUUAGAACGUAUGAAGAAGUACAUUUUGGAAUCAGUCAUUCCCAGAAAUCCUCGUCUGAAUGUGAAGUAUAAAACAGAUUUACUUGUACGGAUGCCUUUCCGUACGGAUGAAGCUUGCUUCAAAAUAACUUAUACCAAACACGAUGGCAUCAAGAAUAUCUGGGAGUGUAUUAUAUCUAGUGUUUUGUUUCCUGAAAACGAGCCGGUCAGCUGUAUAAUUAAUUAUAAUGCUUUUCUGGGAAAAGAAUAUCGUUUGAAUUUACCAAGUAAUGUCGAAUUUUUGAGGAAUUUCGUACGUUUAUGUAGCUUGUGCGAUGUGUCUAAUGAAUCGGUGGAGGAACCGAAUCACGAUGUUUAUAUUUUAAGUCUUCUUCUUCCCUUCAUAGAAACUGAAAAAAAUCCAGCUAUAAUGGAGUUCGAAUAGAUCGACUGACUCCUCUAAUUGUUAUUUGUAAGUACCUACAAACCUACAUUAUUUUUAUGAGUUUUCUUUUGUUGUAUGUAUUUUGGUAAAUGUGUUCGUCGUAUUGUACCUAUUAAUCUUGUUUGUAUUCUCUUCGAUUGUAGUUGUCUAGUCUUUGAGAUACCUACUUUAGGUACUUUUUUUUUUAUCAAUUCAGAUAACAUUUUAAAAAAUAUUUAUAAGUCCAUAUUUGUUCAUUCGUAGAUUGCGUAUUAUGAAUUUUAAUAAUUGUGAACGAAUUGAUUAUGACGUUGAUUGAGAAUCACGCAGACCAAUAUGUUGAACUCCAUUGUUCUCGUCAAUUCACAAAUUUAGAUAAAAACUCAGUUUUUAAAUGUGUAAGCUACUAAUAUUCAUUUUUGUAUGUGCUUCAUUGUUUUUUUUGGUUUUUUUUUUCAAUAAAAUGGAAAUCCAUAUUUAACCUUGAGUUGAAUUGAGAUCUUGCUAAUGUUACCGAAAUUCUGGGAUCUCUCUCUCUCUGUGUAGUGUUUUUAGAAAAACAAAUAUGCGCAGCGGAACAUUUAUUAGCAAUAUUGGGUUUUGUAAUCUUAUGUGUAUACCUACUUGUCAAUUUAACCAAAGGCGGUUUAAAAUAUUUGAUAAUACAUAUCUUUGGAAUGA